AUGCUUCUGGCGGAUGCAGCAGAUGACGCAGCCUACUGCCCGAUUGGAAGGUAUUGGUUCCUUAGCAGCGUCUGCGACCUGUGGCGACAGGUGGGCCGCAUCAGCCGUGCAGCAACACCGCUCGCAGAGCAGGGCUAUAGAAUGACACAUGAUUCAUGCAGAGAAACAGAAUACCAGGGAGAGGCAUCACCGCAACCAGAGUGGAGCAAACUGAACAACUCCGCCCCACGUUUUUGGAAAUCAAAAUUAAGUCGUGUGGGCCUGCCCUACAGUUGGAAAUGUGACCCUCAGCUCCUUCAUCCCACACGAUCGGCGCAGCCACAGAUUCCUAGUGAUUCUCUGGCAGCAGGUAUGAGUACACCAGUCAAGGUGCCCCGCUCUCAAGACAAGAACCAGCAGCCACAGGCUAUGGGCCAAAGAAAAGUAUGCUCUUCUUUGUCCCCAGAAGAUAAAAUGGAGAAAUCUUCACAGAAAUUGAAGUCUCAGAAGAAUAAGAAGGAUAAACAGAAAGCCAGCCAGGCGCAGCUUCACCGCGCAGACGUCGUCCAGCCAACAGCCAUGUUGUCGCUGCUGCUGUGUCUUCUGGUGGCGACUCCGUGGACGCCGGCGUCUGGCGUCGCGACGACGGAGGAGCGGCCGGUGGUGCGCGUGGGGCAGGGCGCGCUGCGCGGCAUCUCCCUGCGCUCGGCGUCCGGCCGGCCCUUCUACGGCUUCCGCGGGGUGCCCUACGCGCGGCCCCCCGUCGGCAAGAGGCGCUUCAAGGAGCCUGAACCACCCAAACCAUGGCCAGGGGUCUGGGAUGCUAUGCAUUAUGGUAGUCCGUGCAUCCAGUAUGUGUUCGUGCAUAGCUCUAGUGACACACCUGUGGUUGGUGAAGAGGACUGUCUGCACCUCAACAUCUUCACACCAAAGUUGCCUACACCAAAUGGAGUAUCUCCCUUAUUAGAUGUUUUUGUGUUUAUUCAUGGAGGAGGCUUUAUGAGUGGUUCUGGAAGAUACUUUGGACCUGAGUAUCUACUGGAUCAUGAAGUUAUUGUAGUAACCAUCAACUACCGGUUAGGUAUUCUUGGUUUCCUGAGUACAGAAGAUGAGCAACUACCAGGAAACAAUGGACUAAAAGAUCAGUCCAUGGCCUUCCGCUGGAUACAAGCAAAUAUUGCAUCCUUUGGAGGAAAUCCAGCUAGUAUUACAAUAGCAGGUUCUUCAGCUGGAGCAGCUAGUGUGCAUUUUCAUUAUCUUUCUUCCUGGUCCAGAGGUUUGUUUCAGAGGGGUAUGUCAUUUAGUGGGUCAGCCCUAGUUCCAUGGGCAAUUGCAGAAGGUCAGCGAGAAAAAGCUGACAAACUUGCUAGUCUUGUGGGAUGUAAAACACAUUCCUCUAAAGAAAUACUGGAGUGUUUAAGAGCUAGACCAGCAAGGCAAUUAGUUGAGAUGACACAACAUUUUCAGAUGUGGCGAUACAAUCCCUUUACCCCAUUUGGACCAACUGUUGAAACAGCAGGAAGCACCCCAUUUUUGGCUAAACAGCCAGUGGAACUCAUGGCUGAAGGUUCUAUUCAAGAUUUGCCUUGGGUCACCAGUGUUACAACAGAAGAAGGUGUUUAUCCAGCAGGAGAUUUUGUAACUAAUGAAGAUCUUAUGGAAGAGCUCAACAAGCGUUUUGUGGAACUUUCACCUUUUCUUCUGGACUACAAUUAUACAGCACCACAGAUGUUACACCAAAAAAUUGGAAGAGAAGUGCUACAGUUCUAUGUUGGUGAACAGCCCUUAUCAACAAAUACUGCUGAUGAGAUAGUACAGCUGUUUAGUGACCGGAUGUUUGUGGUAGAUGUUGAGCGUGCAGCACGGAUGCAAGCUGCUGUCAACACUGCUCCAGUAUACUUUUAUGUUUUUAGCUACAGAGGAAAACACAGUUUUUCUGAAGUAAUGGCAGGAAAUGAUGUUGACCUGGGUGUCAGUCAUGUUGAUGACAUGGGCUAUAUUAUGAGGAUGGAUGAAAAACAUGGCUUGAAAGUUCUUGAAGCAGAGGAAGACAGAAAAGUAGUGGAGUUAAUGGUUGACAUAACACUCCAUUUUGUUAAUAGUGGGGAUCCAGCAUCAAAAAAGAGAAACAUCACUUGGCCAGCUGUGAGAGGAAAUGCUAAGGAUAUUGACUAUCUGCAAAUUUCUGGAUACAGUGACACUGCAGCAGCAACAAAUUAUGAUCUUGGGAAUCGAGAGUUCUGGGAUUCCUUAGGAAUUUUGGAACCACAAAUGCUGAUCAAAAAAGAACACAAAAUAGAUGAACUCUAAUAGAUAAAUUGAUGUGAAUGUUCAGUGGUAAUCAUCAACUGUCCUCAGAUAUUGUAAAUUGAAUAUCUCCACCUAGCAGCUACAGAUGAAUUAUCUUGUUUGCAAAGAAGAGCACUAAAUGUAGAAUGUGUUAUCCAGGCUACUUCAUGAAACUGAAAAACUCCUGUUCACAUCAGUAGGUCUAUUUUUGCAAAUAUUAAACAGUAUAUGGUUAUGAUGCUGACAAACAAUAGAAAUGUGAGGAAAAUGUUUUUCCCUCUAUGUAGAAUAUUAUGAAGAUUCUUUUUACAAACAAACUUACAUGUUUAUUGUAAUUUUUAUGAAUAUUGCCCUGAAACACAAAUAUGGUUGUAUUUCACUGCUUAUUGUUACUGUUUAUUUAUUUUGAUUAUCCAGUUCACACAUUGUAUGUCAUUAAUAUUUUGGAUAUUUUUAAUCUCCUUGCAAAUUACUUGUGGUGUUAAUGUCUCAGUAUUUGGUACAAAUAAGACACUAUUCCUAUUAGUGAAGUUAUCAAGAAUGCUUGAGUUUUUAAAAGUUUUCAUUAUUAUUUCUUGAAGGAUCUGCAUUUCAAAUUACUCAUGUCUGGCUGUAAUCCAUGAGUUAGUCCCUAAACAAUUUGUAUGUUAAUAUAUUCAUUGUCCGUGGAA